AUGGGUGAAAGUGAUAUUCGUGAGAACCUUGCGGGCGAGUACCUUGCGGGUGAGGACCUUGCGGGCAAAUUUCUUCACAUUCGGCCAAUGGCUGGGAGUUACUUGACCCCCAGUGCCUUAUGGGGCUCAGGGUGCUAUAUCGUUGAUGAACCAUGCUUGUUUAACUCUAUUUCAACCUCUAUCCACCAAUUUGAUGGCAUUGACCCAUAG